UUAAAGAACUUGUGAGAAUUGAUUGGUUUUUGUAGCCUUCUAGCGACAAAUACAAGAAGCGUUGUCACAGUUACUUAGGAAAUAUGGCGAAUAAUGAAUGUUGCACUUGUGUCAGUGAUUUCGAUUUUAUAUAAUGAAGAAACGUAAAGUGAGUAAUUAAUUUCUGUGGAAAUCAGUCAGGUGUAUACGAUUAAGACACGAGCUUGGACACAGCGAGUAUUCAGCCAGCCAUUUCAUAAGACCUUCGGAUACGUUUAUUCUUGUUAGUGUCGGGUUAACAAACUGGUGCAGCAUCAAUUCGAUAUUUCCGUUUCCAUUAAGCCUCUAAGUAUCAUCGAAGAGUCGUAUGUUUCUCAGGACAACGUUUCGUUGAUAGACACAAAACUAAAACAAGUAGUAGGUAUACACGAAGUGGAUUCUAUAGUAUAAACUGGCAGAAAGUAUAUUCUCCAUAAAAAUAGGACUGUUGGACCACCAUGGUUUGUAGAGUUGGUCAUACAUGUCUGAUUCAAUUCCAAUUAUUCGACGAAGAUCAAGACGAGACUCUGACUCUUGACAGAUGUCCAUUAUGUGAAUCUACCUGUGGUAAGGAUCUUUAUGAUUAUAUUGAAAAACAUACUCAGAUACAAGCAAACAGAUUUAAGUUGUAUCUAUCGUCAGCAGAAAAAGUGAUUGAUUUGUCUAAAAUGAAAGAUAAAACUAUGGUAGAGCUUGGUCUGGAUUUUUCCUUCGAUCGAGAUUCAACUGAACCUAAGUACACGCUCUUAGUCGUGGGUCCUGAUGACAAAUCAUGCCAAAAGGCAUUCAGGGGUGGACCAUCUAAAUGUCAUCCAGCACCAGCAUCUCAUCUAUCAUCGAUAUGGGAAGAAGAUAAUAAUGUUGAUUUUAAAAGUUAUAUUAAAUCUAAAACAUGUUAUGUUGGUUUAGUAAAUCAAGCAAUGACAUGUUACUUAAAUAGUUUGCUUCAAGCAUUAUAUAUGACACCUGAAUUUCGUAAUGCAUUGUAUAAUUGGGAAUAUGUAAAUGGAUCGGGAACAGACGAAGCUAAUAGUAUUCCAUAUCAACUGCAAAAGUUAUUCUUAAAUUUGCAGACAUCAUCAAGAUCAGCUGUGGAGACUACGCCAUUAACAAAAAGUUUUGGUUGGGAUUCUACAGAAGCUUGGCAGCAACAUGACAUUCAGGAACUUUGUAGAGUCAUGUUCGAUGCGUUAGAACAAAAAUUUAAGAACACAGAGCAAGCCGAUUUAAUCAAUAGGCAUUAUGAAGGAAUGAUGAUCGAUUAUGUUAAAUGUCUUGAAUGUGGCACCGAGAAAUCUAGAGAGGACACUUUUCUUGAUAUCCCAUUACCAGUUAGAUCAUUUGGCAGUAACGUGGCGUAUAACAGCGUGGAAGAAGCCUUAAAAGCGUUUGUUCAGUAUGAAACUUUGGAAGGAAGUAAUCAGUAUUAUUGUGAAAAAUGUAAUAAAAAAUGCAACGCGCAUAAAGGAUUAAAAUUUACAAAAUUUCCAUAUCUUGUGACACUUCAUCUUAAACGAUUUGAUUUUGACUUUAAAACUUACCACAGAGUUAAACUUAACGAUAAGGUCACUUUUCCGGACAUAUUAAAUUUAAAUCCCUUCAUAUCAUCUACAAGAAAUCAUGAAUCUCCAGGUAGCGAUGAAAAUAUUAGUUUAGUGAAAUGCGAUGAUGGCUCAACAACGGACAGUGGUACUUUAGACGAUGAUUAUCCUUCCUGUGAAAGUAGUCUUCCUAAUAGUAAUCAUUCGAGAAAUCAUGAUCAAGAUGGCGACGAUGAAGGUAUACAUAUAAGUAAUUGUCCAUCAACAUCAAAUUGUACCGUGCAUAAUCAUGAGAACGAAAAAAAUCAUAGUAACAAUGAGGCAAAGGGCCCUUAUAAUUAUGAAUUGUUUUCGAUUAUGAUCCACAGUGGUAGUGCAAGUGGUGGUCAUUACUAUGCUUAUAUAAAAGAUUUCAAGACACAAGAGUGGCUGUGUUUUAACGAUCAAAGCGUAACACAGAUAACUCACGAUGAUAUACAAAAAACGUAUGGUGGCGGACCAACCAGGCCAUAUUACAGCGGAGCAUGUAGUAGUACAAAUGCAUACAUGCUCAUGUACAGACAAAUUGAUCCUGUUCGUAAUGCUUUACCUAUGCAAGUGCAGGAUUUUCCAAAGCAUAUACAGGAACUAUUGAAAAAGAUGAAGGAGAAUGAGGAUAAUGACAAAAUAUGUCGAGUACCUAAAGUGUGUCAUUUCAAUUAUGAAAGUGUAGUACCGAACAGUACGGAACAAAAGUUACUAAACAUGGGAAAAGAUAUAGUUCAUAAAUGUGAAAUGCGGACGCCUUUAGAUUUUCACGCACAGUUGCCUGUGUCUAAAAUAAUAGUAUACUGUAUGCAUCCUUUAGAAGGCAAGAAGAGGAUAGGAAUUCCCAUUACGUUCGGUGCAACUUUGGAACAAAUCACACAACUGUGUUACGAAUACUUCGAAUUGACCAAGAUAGUGAGUUUCAAUCAGUGCCGUUUAGUUCUUUACGAUCAUAACAAUGAUACGAUCAUAAGUAGUUACGAGGGAAGAGAACACGAAACACUUGACAUUUAUAAAAUGGGGGGGUCUUCCUACUUAUUAGAAAUUCGCAAAGUAGACGAAGAGUUUCAACCAUAUAAUGAUAUUUCGACAACAGUGUACAUUAUUGAUAUACCUAGGAAAAAAUUCAUAGAUGGGCCAAUAGAUGUACCCGGGACACGUUCACAAACUGUCAAAGAAUAUAAACAAGUGGUAGCGAAAACGUUCGGCAGGGAUCUCGGUGAUAUGAAAGUAUUUUUACAAAAGUAUGGUUUAGAUGCAGUGAUUGAAGUAGACGACGAUGUAGAACUUCAGACUGCAGGGUUCACUCAUUUAAUGAAUGUUUAUAUAUCAAAUGUCCCUGAUACCGAAUGUAAAACUUUUCAUCAUUCGACAAUAUGUGAACUUAUAGAAAAUUACAAAAAUACUAUAUUGCUAUUCCUUAAAUUACCUGAAUUGAGUAAAGAAAGUUUGGAAGAAUGGAAUAUUCCGUUAUUAGAUGAGAAAUAUAAGGAUAAAGAGAAACCUAUUGAUAACAGUCCAUCCAAAGUAAGCGUUAACGAUUCGCAUCGUGACGUUAGUCCUAAACGCAGUGAAGUUCCAAAAAGUGAAAAGAGUUGUAACGAGGAUGCACCUGUAAGAAAUGCAAGCCCACAAUUGGGAGAAAGUGAGGAGUGGAAUACUCCUGAACAAAGUAAUAGCGAAGAUAGUAGCCUUAGCGAUAGUGAUAAAACAUUGGUCGGAGACGCUCUAGAACAUGAUUAUUUUCUCAUUGAAAAAGUUUCAUCGAAUAAAAGCAACCGUUUGAAACAAAUUAAACUUGAGCACAGGGACAACGUUGUUGACGAUGAAGAAUAUUAUUUCGAAGCUACACCCUACACGGUUCAUAAUCAAAAAUUUUUGAAAGUACAAGUAGACAAGAGAAUGACAUUCAUCGCCUUGAAGAAUGCUUUAGAACCGUAUGUUGGUGUACCAACGGAAUACUUUAAAAUUUGUCACCAGCUUCAUGAACUUUACGGAUCCGAGUGGUGUAAUAUAAAAGACAAGCUUGCUGUUUGCGCGGUGGAUCAGGAAUUUUGUAUAAAGCUAACACGUCCGUUACGUAGUGAUGAAUUUACUGUAACAGCAUAUCAGUUAGAUAUCAAUUCGCCCGAGCUUUAUAAACUUUUGGGCGAGAUAAUAUUGUCGACAGAUAUGACUUUUGGCCAGGCGAAGAAAGAAAUCCUGGCAUUAAUUAAGAGAAAACAUAAUAUAGAUAUACCGUUUGACAGAUGUCGACUGAGAGAAAAGUGUGGUUCGUUAGUAACUACAUUGUAUUUAGACCAUCAGAAACUCGAAGAUCAUCGAAUUGGUUUGCCAUCUGAAAUUGUCGUACAAGAAUUACCUGAUAAAGAACCAGUUACUAGUAGUGAUCAACACGUAGUGUUCGUUAGGAAAUGGUCCCCUACAAGCAUGCAGCUUGGACCACUCGAGGAAAUUAUUAUGGAUAGAAAUUCUGUUAUGGAAUUGAAGACAAAAUUGUCUGCUAUAUCGGAUAUUCCUGAGAAAUAUAUAAGUAUAACAAAAAUGCCAAACUAUUUUCUAAAUAUGUUACCUAUCAUUCGAAAUCAAAAUUAUCAAGGAUGGAGCGGACAUGUUGAUUACAAGUUCGAUCUCGAUCUCGAUGAUGGAUCUAUGGUUUUAUAUAGGGAUAACAGGGAAGUGGUAAAUAAUUUGUCGCGGGAAGCAUUAAAUGACAUUACAAUUCAAGACCCAAGUGUUAUAUUUCCGCGUUCUUCGCGCCGUUCGCGAAAAGAAAAGGCACUUAUAAUAAAACACAACUGUUAAGUAGACAUGUGUGGGAACAUGAUACGGUUGCGUACAAAACGAUUACAUCGUGUCAGAUAUUUGGAAAGUCAAGUAUUUAACAAUCAUCAAAUAUUCUGUGCUUUGGUAAAUCUUUGGUAUUUCAAACUUUCUGCUCAUCUAAAGUCACUCGACGAAUUAUUCAGUUAUUUUUCCAACUAUCGAAUCUUACGAAAGAGCAUAAAUACUAACGAAGGUAACGAAAAGGCCAAUUUGCCGGCGAAUAAGAGAAGAAUAGGAGGGAAAAUUGAAUUUGCUCGAUGAUAAUCCGAAUUUAAACUAUGGACUUGUUACGAUUUACAUGCAUGUAACUGAUAAAAUUUCGAGUUCCUGCAUCUCUGCAUUUUCACAGAAUCCUCGAUACCCUUUUGUAAACCGAAAAAUUUUGAUACCUUCGCUCAUCUGUAUUAAAACAUUUUAGGAAAUCGUCUUGUUUGGAAAGCUAAAUAGUUUUAAAUGUUCGAACACGGCACAGAGUAUAUACAUAUAUAAUUUUUGUCGAAGGACAUUUAUCUGACACAAUAAAUAGUUAACCCUUUUAAUGCCAGUAUAGGUUAAAUUGCAGUCUUACAACAUAAUUAUCAAUCAUAAGCUUCGAUUUUAUUUAAUCUGGCAGUAGUAGCGUUUAAAUAUGUUAUAAAUUUGAUUACAAUUUUUUUUUAUUUCGAAAUAUGGUUGCUCUUUUGUUUUUAUGUUUGAAAUACAUUUAAUUAUAAACUACAUAUAUUAUCCCGUUUAUUGAUAAUUAAGGAGAUGCCUACAAGGAUAUAACGUUUUGAGAAUUUAAUACUUUUAGUUAAUGUUUGUUGCUUAAAGUCAGAUUUGGCGCCACUACUAUCAAAUUAGAUAGAGAUUCUUCCAUGUGUCUGUUAAGAUUAAUUCUGGUCAGGCAUGUAUCCUACAGUCUGUUUUAAUUUAUUCUAUUGUAUAUAUUGGUGAACGAAGUUGUCGAUUAUGCCCCCCUCGGCAUGAAUUUCGUUCGUUUAUAAAUACGUUACAAACUACGGUAUUUUGAGUAACAUUUUCAUUUGAAAAAAAUUGGCGAUCGACUUUAAUUCUUUUAGAUAUUUACGAUAUAAGUGUAAACUCGACCGGUAACUAUUUUAACACUAAUUGGGUUUCAGUUGAAUUUGGAUUAGGAUUUGGCUGUUCUUUGUCGUGGGUGCGUUUCAAAAGGAGAUUUAGGAUUUUUGCAAAUAUCUCGGAAACCGAGAUCGACCGCCUAUUAAAAGUCGUUUAAAAUAUCACCCUUUGUAACAUAUUUAAAAAUAAAAAAAAAUCCAUGAUAAAGGGGCAUCGUUGACAACAACUUCGCUUAUAUGUUUAUCGCUCAUUGUGUUAUCGGUACAAAGGGAACCGACCCACCCGUACCGUGUUGGAAAACCAAAAAGUACAUAGCCACGGCAUUGUUGUUAUUUCCUAAAAAUCGAAUUUUCGAUAUGAUAAAAAAAAAAGAAGAUUUUCCAAGGAAGUCCACCAAAUUUACAUUUGUAUGAUAGACCAAUUGCUUGUAAAUAAUAAAACUUGUGAAUUGAAUGCCAAUAUCUUUCUUUUUGUAUUAAUAUUCACCAUACUUCGUAAACAGAAUAUAAAGCUAUGUUUUGUAUGUUAUAUUGUACAAUAAUGCACUUUACGCGUGUAGGAUACCAUCCCUUUGCAUUUAUUGGCAGUUCAACUUGGCAUUUUUUGCUAAUUCCGCUGUUAGAAAUUUUUGGUGCUGAAAGGGUUAAAAUAGAAAUUUGUUCUUAAUCCUUGUCGUAUUAUUAGAGCGUCUUGAUAAAACGUCUAUAAAUUGUUUAUUGUUUCUCUUGUAAUUGUUUCGCGUACGAAACACGUGCACUGGAUAAUAAUCAACAAUGGAUAGAUACAGAGGAAAAAGUCAUUGAACAAAAAGAAAUUUAUAAGAUAUACAGUGUAUCUGUAAAACAAUAUCAGUUGUAUGGCGAUUUAUAUUGUUCUCACAAUUUUUAUUAUAGCUGUAAUUUAUAUUUAUUGUAUAUUUGUUACAUGAAUGCCUAGUUCGGAUUGUUCAUGGUCUAUCAACAGUUUAUUAAAGACAUGACAAUCGAAAUGUUUAUAUUCAAACGAAGAAAAAUAAAAUGAGUCAACUUUGGUACAGAGAAUCCUCUUACACCUGGAGUGUGUAUCAUUACGUAGUCGAAAAGAAUUUUAUAAUACAUUUUCAUCGAAUUUAUUUAAUUUAUUAAAUUUAACGAAAUCUUAAUUACGAAUAUUAUUUCAGAACCAAAUAUACGACACCGUCAUCAACAGUCAGUUUAAUUGCCCAUAAUAAAAUGUAAUCGAUGGAUGUAUUUUCUUUAUUCUCGUUUUCUCGCGCUCAUACUUAUUUAUAACGUUUUGGAGCUGGGCCUUGAAUAUUCUUUGACGAUUAUUUUUAUAAUUACCAAUCGAUGUGAUUAUUCGAACUAUGUUUGUUAAGUAACAAAGUAGGUAUGUGCAAAUAAUAUCUAAAAAAAAACUUGUACACUCUGUAAAACUAAAUUAAUAUCUUGUACAUCUAUUCUAAAACUUGUUUCUCUGUAUAGUUUCUAUGUUAUUAAAUUCUCCAAACGUUCUUAACAAAGAAAUGAAAGAAGUUCCUUCGUCGUCAUAGAAUGCAUAUAACUUAAUUGAUAUUCUAUGAAUUUCUUCAAUAUUUCUAUUUAUCUACUGUCGUAAGUCUCUCAAUACUCGAAUAUCUUGUACAUACUCGCUUCGUAUUUCGCUAAUCCUUUAAUGUAUAAAAAUAUUUGCACAUAUCUACGUUAGCGGUGAAUGGAAACAAUACUUGAAAUUGUACUUUAUCCUUUUUACGGAUAAACUAAUGCAGGAAUUGUAAUGCACGAAGAUCAGUUGUUACAAAUACAGCCUAUAUCCAACGCUCUUUUGAUCACCGACGAUCAAACAUUAUUUGUAUCAUAUGCUAUAAUUUUAAACAAAUUAUAUUUAAAAUCUAUUAAUAAGUGAUAAUCGAAAUGACUGAAACCGUUGUUUAGAUACACUCGUCCCUUUACAUUUAUCCUCUAGAUUAGGCUCCGACUAUCUAGCCCGCCCACGUAUUCUUGUAAAUUUAAUAUCAUGGUAAGAAUUAUAAAGAAACUGAUAUCGUGUCGAAAAUUGUAAUUUUUAGGUUGCAAAAAAUGUAGUUAAGAAAA